AUGUCUGAAGCAACACGGCCAAAAUACGACAAUCUCCCGGGCAUUGACACAGCGCCCGACAUCUACGAAACCCCGGAACUCGCAGAGGAUGUGUCCACAAUACAGGCUUCCACCGCUGUAUCCGAAUCCGAGGGUGAAAGCGACGAUUCGGCCGAGGACUCUGCAGUCCGUCAUCAACGGCUUCAGCCAGAUCAGGCUCGCAACCGCUUUCAGCCUGCUCGAAUAGAUGCGCGCGGGGUUGACUUCUCUGACAACAUCACCGCACAACGUCAAUCCUACCGCACAUCCACACGGCGCCAGCGACGGCGAGGCGACAUAAUAGGCGACGACAGCGAUGAAGAGGAAGAGAGCUUUGCGAAAAAGCUUCUGAGGAUCAAGAGGGAACUAGCAGGGCUAGAGGAUGAAUAUGAGCGAAGGGUGGAGAGUGGGGACAAGUCCAAGAUUGAAGAGCAAGACCCCAAGGAGAUGAUGGAGAUCAUAGCGAGUAAGGUCGACACAAUGUAUGCGACACACAAAGGCGGCGCACGGGGUGCACAAGCAAUACUUGAUCGGACGGUUCAGAAAUUCGAUAGUUACAAGCCCUUCGAACCGAGCCCGAAAAUCAGCAAAGCGAUUGCGAACCAGCCACCGUUGCCCGGAACGCAAAUACAGAAGAGUCAACUAGAGUUUGUGCUGAAUCAGGCGGCUGAUUUCGACAAGCGCAUCACGCAAAUGGAGAAUAGCCUGGGCUUGAACGGGAACACGAUGCCAGAGUUAAGCGAUCACACGCCUUUCCCCGUAUCCAAUACCCUUACCAGGCUAGAGCAGACCCUUGGUCUGAUUGGAGAUGCCUCAACGAACAACCUAGACGCAGUGACACAGAACGUCAAAAAGCUUACAGCCGAAGCGGAGCACUUGAAGGAGGUUCGGCAAGAAGCUGCACAGACUGGUUCGGUUUCUGGUGACAACAAAGUCCCCACCUAUCCAGAUCAGGAAGCGAAGAUCAAUGCUCUCUACGGCACGCUACCGUCCAUCGACAAACUAUCGCCUAUACUGCCUCUGGUACUCGAGCGCCUUCGUACAUUGCGACUUGUGCAUACAAGUGCAUGGCAGGCUGAUGAGGUGCUCAGCGAGUUGGAACGUCGGCAGACGGCGCAAGAAAACGAGAUCAAGAAUUGGGAGCGACAGCUAGAGAUCGUCGAGAAAGACAUGAAGAAGGCCGAGACUACCAUGGUUAACAAUAUUAAAACGGUUGGCGAUGAUGUCAAGAUGCUCGAGGAGAAGAUGGCAAAGCUGCUUGCAGUAAGCCCGGACGAGUGA